ACGUGCCAGAUAUGUUCAUGAAGUCCAACGGCGAAGUCGUCAAGACAAAGGAUUGCCGAGAUGAAAUUAGGGCACACGCCUGCGAUGGAGUUGAUUUCGUGUGGCUCGGUACAGCGCGUAACAAAACGCACAAAGACGGUUUCAUCGCUGCUCGGUUCUUGAUCGAGAAAGUGCUAAAACCAGGCAUCGAGUCGGACGAAGAACUUACAGACAAGGAACGCGAGAUCAAGGCUCGCGAUCAUUGUGAAUCCUUCAGCAUAAAGGAUGGCGGCAAGUACAUCAUUAUGGGCAUGGACCCCAAGUACAAGGAGAAGGAUGACUUCGGACAAGAACACUACGUCUACGUGAUAGACAGUGACUUGUCGUAAUCGACCGCUCAUUGAAGAGGAGGGGCGCCAAAAGACUGAAGAGUACAAAGCAAGGACUGCAGGGACAAAAAGCGGCAGAAGAUCCGGAUAGCGAGCCUUGUGACUGGGAUAAGCUUGUCGCUUGGUUCGUCCAGCAAUUCUCCAACGAGGACACGCGCUGCUACACCUAAGCACUCCUUGCUCUCACGCGGUUUUUGUUUUUUGUUUUUUAUUUGUCAGGCCGC